GCGACUUUCACAUCAUUUAUAACAUUGGGAUUUAUAUAUCUACUACAUACAACAACAUAUCUUGUUCAAUGAUUGCAACUAAUUGCUUAAUUUAAUUAAUGUCAUUGAUAAGAUACUCGAUUAAGUGUUUCGAGCUGCUUUGGCCUAUAUCACCAGGUUUACAAAUCGUAGUCACGUUUUGUCUUCGAAAAUGCCCGGAUAUAUUAUUCUAGACGUUAAAACUAGGAAAGCUGUUGCCAUUUGUUGCGGUGUGUCAAUAGCUGUGUUUCUCCUUGGGAUCGCAAUUGGAUAUGCUUCAGGGAAUGGAAACACGGAUGAAGUACCAACAGCAAAAAACACGAUCCUAGAACAGCUACAGUCUUCCACCUGCUACAACAGUUAUUUUGAUAAAUCGGAUUCAAAAGUAAAUCGUUUUUACGGCACCUUUCUCGAGCGUCACCGCAAAAAACUUACAUGUGUAAAAGGCAGGAAUGAAUGCGAGAAUUUGUAUCUUCCAAGAAAUUACAAUGCUUACCACCUUAACGGAAGGACCAUUAAUAUUGAUGGGGUACUGAACGACGAUGCAUGGAAAGAGGUACCUUGGAGCGCGGACUUUGUGGACAUAAGAAGCGAGCGUUUUCCAACACCGUUCUUUACGACUAAAAUAAAACUGAGAUGGGAUGACAAUAACCUUUAUGUUGGAGCAUAUAUUCAAGAGAAAGACAUAUAUGCGACAAAGACAACACACGACGAUAGGAUUUGGGAAGAUAACGGAUUUGAGCUCCUGAUUGAUGUUGAUGGUACUAUGUUCAAUUACAAGCAAAUUCAAAUCAAUGCGUUUGGUACUACAAUGGACCAGUUGCUUUACAAGUCUCCUUAUGAGGAUGUUGAUACAUCUGCAUCGGGCAAAGCUGACGACAAAUUGAAAACAUGGGAGGCAAACCUUACGUCUCGGGUAUAUGUCGACGGCACCAUCAAUCAACCUGGAGACAAAGAUAAGUUUUGGUCAGUCGAGAUGUCGAUCCCGUUCGAGACUCUUUCAUUUGGCUCAGAAAGAAAUCUCACUGACCCGAACCCAAAUGAUAACGAAGCCUGGUUCAUGCAGUUUGGUCGAUCAGAACACAAUUUGACGGUUGAAAAUGGAAGGUAUGUUCCUCAAGCUCUUUCUCAAAAGAAUUGGUGGUCAUGGCAACCCUGCGGAGCCAUAAACCUACAUUUGCAGGACCGCUGGGGACUCGUGCAAUUCAAGAGAAACAUGAACGAUAAGAAAUUCCGAUUCCCAAAGUGGCAUGUCUAUCGAGCUUUGUUCGAUGUGAUGAACGGUAUGGACGCUUACAGAGCACUUAACGGAAAGUUUACAGCUGAUAUAUCUGAGUUAGAUAUCCCACCGUAUUUGAUGACAGAGACUUGUGUAAAGAUACCUGAAAUUGGGCUGGUGAAAAGGGCAAACAAAACAAAAGGUUUUGAAAUUGGAGUGAAGUCCCUGGUGUCAACUCAGCUACCAACGGGUCGUAUUCGGGAGGACAGAUACGUCCAGUUUAGUAACCUCCGCUAAUAUCGAUACCGUCUUAAGACAGACAUAGCCCUUUUUAUAAUUCACCUUUUAAACGCCUUAUCUAUUUUUGUUAUUCAUCGAUACUUUUAUUAUUUCUCUUAUGGAACUGAGUAGAAAGCUGUGUGUCUAAAAGAUGGCGGUACAAGUUUUGUGUUGAGCUGUAAAAAUCAAAUAUUUGAAUGUAAAAUCACUUGGAACUAUUUAUGAAACUUUGCUCUUCCUUUUUCGGACAAACUCAAAUGUACUCUUUAUAUAAUAUAACUGGAAAUAACAAUGAUGCGCUGUAUUAAAAUUUGCACACUUUGUUUUACUUAUUUUCGAAAUAUUUUUUUUAGAAAUAAGUCAGCUGUUUUGCUGUCAGUUUAUUUACAAAAAAUAAUCCUAAAUUUUAGAUAGGGGUGCGCACUUCUAUUUAACAACGCUACUGGGAAAUUCAUUCAUCGGCUCGGAGAGUAUUAGCCGUAUAUGGUUGUGAGCCAUAAUGCACAUACCAUCGUCGGAUACCCCGACACAUUACUAAACGCUUUGCUUAUGAAGUAUAACGGAAUUAAGUACCGUGGUUGACGACGAUAGUGCCAACGUGCGCCAGUGCAAUACACUGUCGCGCGGGAACCCUCUUCAACGUCUGUCCCGGAAGACGGUUAUUUCCGUAAGUGCUGAGGCUGGGGUUCGACACUGCCACACAUGGAUUGACAGUUAAUUGUCUUCUUACUAGACCACGGAUCCGCAACAAUCAAUUCAUUUAAUGUUUGUUCUGCAUGUAUAACACUAAGUAGCCAUACUCGAACGUACAAUUAAGGCAAUAAAGGAGAGAAGUCCG